GAAAUCACGCUCCAUAGAUGCGCUUGUUCUUAUGAGCAUAUAAAUACCUCACCAAAAACCCUCUUCAAUUUUCUUUUCUAUAAACACAAACACAGAAAAAACUUCACUCAAAAAAAACAAAAACAAAAACGAAGAACAAAGUUUCAGAGAAUCACAAAACCCAGAAACCAAAAUCUCACUGAAAAAAUCAACACAGAAGAAUCUCCCUUCAAUCGAACCCAAACUCAGAUGAAAAUUAUCUCCCCAUUCAAUUUCUAGGGUUUCGUUUUUUCCACCCUUUACCAUCAAACUCAGCUCAAACUAAUGCCAUAAUGUUAUUUUUCUUCUCAAUUGGAGUGAAUCUGAACACCCAAUUAGACGAAGAAGAUAAUCAUCGAAUACCCAUUUGCUAGUUUUCUACAUAGCGAAAAAAGUUUUUCCAUUUUUCAAAUUUUCAUUUUUAUUUAUACAGUGCUGUUUGGUGAAGUUUUAUAUUUAUUUUUUGUUGUGAAUUGUCAUGCGAUCAUCGUCUUCUGCAUCGGGUAUGGGAGACGGUGGAUCAGGUUCGAGGGUUAAGAAGAAACAUAAGAAGUUAGAUGCAAUAUGUGAGGAAGAGUAUAAUCGAAAUCAUGGUGAGUUGAAUGAGGGUGAUGAUUUGAAUCCUGAUUUGGGGGUUCGGAGAAGCUCAAGGGUUAGGCGUGCCCCAGUUUUACUUGAUGUUUCUCCUUCGCCCAAGAGGAAACGGCAGAAAUUAGGGAAGGAUGUAAUGCCGAAGAGUGUGGAAAGUGAUAAGAGUUUAGGGAGAGAAGGUGGUGGGAAUUGGAGUUUGAGGUCGAGAUCAAGGGGUAAAAACGUGGAAUUUGAGGUGAAAGAGGAGAUGGAAUUGCCUAGGAGGAAAAGGAAGCUGUCUGAUAAGGAUUUGGAGGUUGUGGAGGUUGAUACGAAGGACGGAUUGGAGGUUGUGGAGGGAGAUAGGGAGGAAGAAUUGGAGGUUGCGGAGGGCAAUAGGGAGGAGGAAUUGGAGGUUGUGGAGGGUGAUAGGGUGGAGGAAUUGGAGGUUGUGGAGAAUGAUAGAAAGGAGGGAUUGGAGGUUGAUAAGAAAGAGGAUUUUAAAUGGUUCACGCGAAGAAAGUUUAAGUCGAAGAAUAGAACGGGGAAAAUUGAAGCCACAAAUAAUGAAAAAGGGCUUAAGGAAAAUGAGUGUCAAGAAGUGGAGCUUGUAGUUGACGGGAGUGUUUCGGUUCCGGAGACCGAAUUGGCUGAUGAGGAUCCAAUAGAUUUGAGGGAUGAGAAUGCUUCGUUGACAGGGAACGAGGAGAGAAUUGAAACAGACAAUUUGCAAGCUGAGGAGUGUAAUGGUGACGUUGAACCGUCUCUGGUGGAAUGUGUAGAAAUUGUGGAUGAACAGGGUGAUCAGGUAGAGAGUGAGAAGGAUGGAAAAAAUGGUAGUGAUGUGGCUGAAAUUGCUGGAGUCUCAACUGAACGUGUAGAUAAUGAAGGUUCUGUUGAUAAGGAGGUUGACAUUGAUGAAAACGUAUCAAAAGAUAAGAAUGUUGAGAGAACGGAUGAGUUGAAACAAGCAUCAAAUGACAAGUCCGAGUACCGAUGUAUCAAAGAGGGAAGACGGUGUGGAUUGUGUGGAAGAGGGAGCGAUGGUAAGCCUCCAAAAAGGUUAAUUCAGGAUAACGGUGAAAGUGAAAACGAAGCCUAUAGCGGGUCAUCAGCUUCAGAGGAGCCCACUUACGAUACCUGGGAUGGUUUUGAUGAUGAACCUGGCUGGCUUGGGCGUCUCUUGGGCCCUAUUAAUGAUCGUUACGGUAUUGCUGGAAUAUGGGUGCAUCAGAAUUGUGCUGUAUGGAGUCCAGAGGUUUAUUUUGCUGGCUUGGGAUGCUUGAAAAAUGUGAGGGCUGCACUUUGUCGAGGAAGAGCAUUGAAGUGCACACGUUGUGGGAGGCGAGGGGCAACCAUUGGUUGUCGUGUUGAUCGUUGUCCUAAAACCUAUCACUUGCCUUGUGCUAGAGCAAAUGGUUGCAUCUUUGAUCAUCGCAAAUUUCUUAUAGCUUGCACAGACCAUCGACAUCUUUUCCAACCUUCUGGUAAUAAAUAUUUCACCCGGAUAAAGAAGUUGAAGGCUAGGAAAAUGAUGUGGGAGACAAAUAAACGUUCAAAUGAUGCUUCCAGAAAGGAUAUUGAUGCAGAAGAGAGAUGGUUGGAAAAUUGUGGAGAGGAUGAAGAAUUUUUGAAACGCGAGAACAAGAGGCUUCAUCGUGAUUUAUUGAGAAUAGCCCCAGUAUAUAUUGGUGGUUCAGAUUCUGCCGCCAGUGAAAAUUCAUUUCAGGGAUGGGAAUCCGUUGCUGGGCUUAAAGAUGUUAUCCGUUGUAUGAAAGAAGUUGUUAUUAUUCCUCUGCUCUAUCCUAAUUUCUUCGAUAACUUAGGGCUUACACCUCCAAGAGGCAUUCUUUUGCACGGGUAUCCUGGAACAGGGAAAACCUUAGUAGUCCGGUCAUUGAUAGGUGCAUGUGCUCGUGGAGAUAGACGGAUUGCAUAUUUUGCCCGUAAAGGUGCAGAUUGCUUGGGGAAAUACGUCGGUGAUGCUGAGCGUCAACUAAGACUAUUAUUUCAGGUUGCUGAGAAAUGUCAACCUUCUAUAAUAUUCUUUGAUGAGAUAGAUGGACUGGCACCCUGCAGAACUCGGCAGCAAGAUCAGACUCAUAGUUCUGUCGUGUCAACGUUGCUUGCUCUUAUGGAUGGUUUGAAAUCUAGGGGAUCAGUUGUAGUCAUUGGUGCAACAAACCGUCCUGAAGCUGUUGACCCUGCACUUAGGCGCCCUGGAAGAUUUGACCGGGAAAUUUACUUUCCAUUGCCGUCAACUGAAGACAGAGCUUCCAUUCUCUCACUUCACACACAGAAAUGGCCAAAACCAAUUAGUGGAUCUUUGCUUGGGUGGAUUGCAAAAAAAACUUCUGGCUUUGCUGGUGCUGAUCUCCAGGCUCUUUGUACACAAGCGGCCAUGAAUGCGCUGAAGAGGAACUUCCCUUUGCAAGAGGUGCUAUCUGUAGCUGAAAAAAGACAUUCUUCUGGUUGUAAGAACACUCCUCUUCCAUCCUUUACUGUGGAGGAGAGGGAUUGGGUAGAAGCUUUUUUGUCUUCACCAUUACCUUGUUCCCAGAGAGAAGCUGGAAAUGCUGCAAAUGAUGUAGUAUGCUCCCCUCUUCCUGUCCAACUUGUUCCUUGUUUACUGCGGCCAUUAUGCACUAUUCUUUUAUCUCUUUAUCUCGAUGAACGUCUGUGGUUGCCACUUCCUAUAUCGAAAGCCGUGACAUUGAUUAAGAAUGUAAUGAUUUGUGCUCUAGACAAAAAGAAAAUGCCUAUUGAUCAUUGGUGGUUGCACCUUGAUGAUUUUCUUCAAGAAACAAAUGUUGCUUAUGAGGUAAGUAAGUGCCUUAGUUGUUCUGGCAUUUUAUCUGCAGACCGUGGCUUUUCUGGGUCUUGUGAUAUUGUGGAUCGUGAUGAUGAUAAACCCUCCUUAAAGAAUCAUGCUAGCAUGUGUAAUGGUAGAUUACCAGACAUGUCAUUUGCAUCGACCAACAAAUCAGGAUUUCGAAUACUGAUUUACGGAAAUCCCCGGUCUGGCCAGAGACAUCUUGCUUCAUGCCUUCUUUACUGUUUUGUUGGAAAUAUUGAAGUACAAAAGAUUGAUAUGGCAACUAUUACACAAGAAGGGCAUGGAGAUGUUGUGCAAGGGAUUUCCCAAAUAUUAAUGAAAUGUGCUAGCAUGAAAUCUUGUGUAAUAUUCAUGCCAAGAAUUGAUUUGUGGGCUGUGGUGGAAGAUUCCCAAAUUGCUGAGAAGACUGAUUCUUGCUCAAUAUAUCAUCUAUCAUCUGAGACGGACACAUCUUCUUUCACUCCAAGCCAAAUUGUUGAGAAGGAAAAUGGGAUCAAUACUGGGAAAAAUUCAGCAGAGAUGACCAAAUGCCAAGCCAACAAAAAGGCUUCAUAUGCCUGGAUGUCGUUUAUUGAGCAGGUGGAGUCCAUUGGUUCAUCCACAUCCUUGAUGAUUCUGGCUACUUCAGAAGCUCCCUAUACUGAACUUCCACACAAGAUAAGAGGAUUCUUCAAGAGCUAUCAAUCUAAGGAUACCCAAUCAAGUUCUUUAGUACAAACAGUUCCUCAAUUCUCUCUGCAGAUUGAUGGGAAUUUUGAUCACGACUUGGCGAUCAAUCUAUCUGCAAUCGAGCUUUUAAGAACUGUAGUUGAGCAGUGGGUUCAAUUGAUUCAUCAGAGAUCUCACGCUCGCAUGGAUGUCCAUAAAGGAGACAUAGCAUAUGAGUCAAUUGAAGUUCGUAAAGAAAAGGUAACUCAGAGGAAUGAAAACGAACCAGCCAACAUGAAUAAGGGCGAAGUCCAAUCUCCCGAGUUCUUGACCAAAGGUCCACAGCCUAACAGUAGGUCACUGAAGGGAAAGUCGAAUCUUUUAAUGGCAAUAUCCACAUUUGGCUAUCAAAUUCUUCUAUACCCUCAUUUUGCUGAACUUUGUUGGGUCACUUCAAAACUCAAAGAAGGUCCUUGUGCUGAUGUGAGUGGGCCUUGGAGGGGUUGGCCUUUCAAUUCAUGUAUAAUUCGUCCUAACAAUUCACAAGACAAGGUGAUAAUUUCCAGUAGCUCUGGUGGCACAAAAAGCAAAGAAAGUGCUGGCUUAGUUAGAGGCUUGGUUGCUGUUGGUUUAUCAGCAUACAAAGGUGUCUAUAAAUCAGUUAGGGAAGUUUCCCAUGAGGUAAGGAAUGUACUCGAGAUCUUAACCGAGACAAUUAACAUGAAAAUUCAAGCUGGGAAAAACAGAUAUCGGUAUCUGCGUAUUUUAUCACAAGUUGCUUAUUUGGAAGAUAUGGUCAACAACUGGGCUUAUGCAUUGCUUAGUCUAGAUCAGGAUUCCCCAGAGCUUGCAGCAAAGGUUAUACCAGCCGCUGCCGGGCCUUUAAACAGUCAUCUCGCAUGCGAAGACCACCACCAAGCUGAAGGUGAGGAUUGCCAUUUGGUUGUUCCUGCUAAUGGUGAUGAUUUGGAGACACUGGCGACAAGUCCUAAGGGAGUUCCUACUGCAACAACCGAGCGGCUUUCCUUGAAUGAAAUAAAUGAUAAUUUAGCUAAUACUGACUGUGAUGGCCAAAAAGCAUGUUCUGAAGGAUCUCCAAAUAACCAUCCUUGUCCAGAUACGCAUAUGAAUGACUCUUGUCUUGGAAACCAACCUCUUCAGCCAUCAUUGAAUCAGGAGAAUGGGGUAUUACCUGGACUGUCUGAAUCGGUAACUGCUGAAAAUCACGACACUGCAGACGGAGAACUUGGAAUGUCGAAAGACUUGAAUAAAUCAACAUGCACUGACUCUGCCGUCCUUUCUGAAAAUGGAUUUCACACAAACUGUGAACAAGGGAGUGUUGAGAUUGGUAACUUAAAAUCAAGUGAUGUUGAAUCUGAUAAACAUGAGAAUACUAUAGAUCUCAAUGCCUCUUCAAGUAAGGACAGUGGUCCAGCUGAAUCUGGAGUUGUUUGCUUUUAUCAAUGUUGCCCUCAAUGUCUCUGCAGUCUCUAUCAUUUGACACGCAAAAUAUUCGUUUGCGGGUGGGAAUCGAAUAAAAGCCAUUGGACAAUAGAAGAUGUCCAUGAUGCUGUUUCGACAUUAUCCGUAGAUCUUAUUUCAGAAGUUAGAAAAUGUUACAUGGUAGAAGAUUUCACUGAUUUAUCUAAUAAAACGUCAAGACAUGAAAAGCAUGCAACAUUUCUGAUAACGUGCAAUACCGAAAACCGAGGCAAAGAUGUUGUGCCAGCUGAAUGCGUUUCUCACUUGGCGAGUCAAGGUACAAGUGUAAGCAAAGACACUGGAUCAAAUGAACCAGCAAAGCUUGAUUUGAAAUUUGUUUUCAAAGAUGGUGUGUUAGUUCUUGCAGAACCUGCAAAGGAUUCCCCUCUUCACUGUAAAUUUGAGAAAUUGUGUCUUUGUUCACUGAUAGAGUUAAUAGUAAAAACUAAGGGCCCUUUAGAUUAAGCUAUAUUGGUUUAUUAUAGCUAUGCUUAGCAAAAUUUUGGCGCUUGUUUGGCAAGUUGUAAGUAAAUUUUUAAUAGAUUAAUUAAGAUAUAAUUUUGACCA